UUUGUGGCUUUCAUAUUCAUGAAUUUUGGUAAUGCCUCGUUAUGGCUGAGGCGCAGUUUCCAGCUAUGUCCCACACCAAAAACAUUCUCUUUGUGUACACAGUCACAUGCAUUGCAUCAAAACCUCACUCUUGUAUUGAAAUCAUGCAAAAGCACCUCUGAAAUCCAUCAAAUUCAUGGCUACAUGGUUAAGACCGCUCUCGAAAACGUUCCUUUCACUCUCAGCAAGCUCCUCGCAGCUUCAAUCGUUGAUAUGGACUAUGCAGCCUCCAUUUUCAGUUAUAUUCAAAACCCAAAUCUUUUCAUGUUCAAUACAAUGCUUAGAGGCUAUUCUAUCAGCAAUUCCCCCAAUCAAGCUUUUCCCAUUUUCAAUGAACUCAGGAAUCGAGGAAUUGUGCUGGACCAGUUCUCUUUCAUCACCGUGCUCAAAGCUUGUGGUCGAGUUUCAGAGGUUAGGGUUGGCCAGGGGAUCCAUGGUAUUGCAGUGAGGUCUGGGAAUAGGAUAUUUGUUGAUGUGAAGAAUACCCUUUUGCAUUUUUAUUGUGUUUGCAGAAGAAUUGAAGAUGCCCAUAAGCUAUUUGAUGAAUUGCCCGAAGGAAAUGACUUGGUGUCGUGCAACACUUUGAUGGGCGGGUAUCUUUUUGUUUCUCAACCUAGUUUGGUUUUUGAUUUGUUCUGGAAGAUGUGUUUGAGUGGGCUUAAAGCCAGUGUUGCCACUAUCUUGUGUCUUUUGUCAGCAGCUGGUGAUAUAGGAAACUUUGUUGUAGGGAAGUCUCUUCAUGGGUACUGUAUCCGAAUUGGAUUCAGUUCUGAUUUGAAUGUUCUUACUGCAUUGAUUGAUUUGUAUGCAAAGACAGGUCAUAUUUAUUUGGCACGUAAAGUUUUUGAUGGCCUUGCUGACAAGGAUGUUGUCUUAUGGAACUGUUUAAUAGGCAAAUAUGCAAGAAAUGGCCUGGUUGGAGAAGCAAUGGCUUUACUACAACAAAUGAGACUUCAAGGAGUGAAACCUAAUUCUUCUACCUUGGCGGGGCUGCUUUCAGCUUGUCCUGCAUCCGGGUCUACACAACUAGUUCGUUACAUAACUAGCUUCAUUGAAGAGGAGAAAGUAGAACUGGAUGCGGUUCUUGGAACAGCUCUUGUUGAUAUGUAUGCGAAAUGUGGCUUUCUAGAUGAGGCUAUGGAGAUAUUUGAGAGGAUGGAGGAUAAAGAUGUGAAAUCUUGGACAGCCAUGAUUUCGGGUCAUGGAGUUCAUGGGCAGCCAACGAAUGCCAUUAGACUUUUUAAUAGGAUGGAGAACGAGGGGUUUAAACCAAAUGAAGUCACAUUUUUGGCAAUUCUGACUGCGUGUAGUCAUGGAGGGCUUAUAAUUGAGGGGAUGGAAAUUUUUAAGCGCAUGGUUCAGGAAUAUGGCUUUUCACUACGGGUUGAGCAUUAUGGAUGUCUUAUUGAUCUCUUGGGUCGAGCAGGAAUGCUACAUGAAGCACAUAAACUAAUCAAGAGCUUGCCAAUUAAGGGUGAUGCUACUGCGUGGCGUACACUGCUUUCUGCUUGCCGAGUCUAUGGAGAUGUUAAAUUGGGGGAAUGUGUGAAAGAUGUGCUAAACAACAUUUAUACAGAGCAUCCUACAGAUUCCCUGCUCAUUUCUAGCAUUUAUGCAGUUGCUGGCAGAACCGCAGAUCUUGUAAGAAUGCAAGAAAUGAAGCAAACAAAUUUUAUAGUAGAAAAUUAUGGGGUACAUGAAACAGAGGGAGAAAGUAUGGUAAAGGAGGCUUCAAUGAAACCCAAUGUGGGUCAAACUGAUGUCAAACUUAAAGCAUCAGAGGCUGUUGCAGCUUGUGAAAGAGGAGAUUCCCACACUAUUUACACAAUGGAACGUUGGACGACAGAGCAAAUAUGAGGCCACUACCCAUGGUCCUCAAAUUGGUUCUGUUCUAGUUGAUCCUCUAUGUUUAGUCAAAGUUCCUCUACUUUAUUUGAAGACUUUCGUAGUAAUAGGAGUACUUUCUUUUCCAACACAAGUAGGCAACUUCAAGGAAAAAGACAACUUCAGAAGGAGGGGGAAAAAAAGUAAGUGAAGGCUGACUAUUCGGCACCUUAAAUUUUUUUUUUUUUUAAUGCGUAACUAGCUUCUGCUAUGUUCAAUUGCUCUUGAAAUUAUCACAAGCCUGAACCAUUGCUGUAAUUCUUUAACUUAAAACUGAGUUGCUCUUAAGUCGUAGGAUAUUGUCAGAAUCACAGCAUUAAAAAAUAUAUAAAGUUAGAAGAUGAAUGUCAAUAUUUGUGGGGUGGUUUGUUUCAUAAUGUGUUGGUAUUCCUACUGGAAUUAAGGAAAGAUGAGUCUUCAGUAUGUGAGCCUUUAACCUUAGCUAUUCUCUGGACAUCU